AUGAGUAGUGAAGAUGAACGGAACCUUCCCGGAAACUCAAUUGCUGGAUUGUUUAACCUUCAAAUGCGUGCCUUGAAUGAUUCUAUGUCUAAUAUGUUGAAUGCAGGUUUAGAUCAGAUCCAUCAGAGGCUUGAUGAGCUUCAGUCCAGCCAAGCUCCUCCUAGAGCCGGAUCAAGAAGAGACCGUCCACGUAGGAACAACCGGUCCGACGAUGAGAACCGAGAGGAGGAGGACCAAGAGGACGAGGCCAGAUCUGCAUACCGUCCAAGAAGAGGUCCUAGAACCCGAGAACCAGGUGAUGUCAAUCCAUUUGCUAGAACUGGUCGUACUGAUGAUAGUUUGAACGGAUUGAAACUGAAAAUUCCACCUUUUGAUGGUAAAAAUGAUCCUGAUGUUUUUCUUGAGUGGGAAAGGAAAAUUGAGCAUGUAUUUGAUUGUCAAAACUAUUCAGAACUUAGAAAAGUAAGGCUUGAUGCCACUGAAUUCUCUGGCUAUGCUAUUAAUUGGUAUGAUCAAGUGUUGACCCACAGGAGGAGAACAGGUGAACGGCCGAUUGAGACAUGGGAUGAGCUUAUUGUGUUGAUGAGGAAACUUUUCGUGCCAGCCCACUAUCACCGCGAUCUCCACCAGAAGCUAAUACGCUUGCUUCAGGGAACCAAGUCUGUGGAAGAUUAUUACCAAGAGAUGGAGGUCUUGAUGACCAAAACGGACACGGAUGAGCCUUUGGACGCCACCAUGGCUCGCUUUCUUUCAGGCAUCAACCGUGACAUCCAAGACCGUAUGGAGCUUCAAGAGUAUGGCAUGGUCGAGUCUAUCUUCGAUGAGACGGAUGGCCGCUUGGUCGAUGAGUCUGAUCCGACCUUUGAUGCUGAUUCCGAUCAGAUCUUUGAUGAGGAGGUUUGCUUCGACUAUCCAGCUCAUGGUCCUCUACUUGUCACAAGAAGAUCUGUGAGCGUCCAACCCAAAACCAAUGAAAAGGAACAAAGGGAGAAUCUCUUUCAUUCUCGUUUCUUAGUUUCCGAAAAGGUUUGUUCUUUGAUUAUUGAUGGUGGGAGUUGUACUAAUGUUGCUAGUGACACUCUUGUCAGAAAACUAGGACUUGCUACUCGGCCUCUCUCUCGUCCUUUCAGGUUGAAAUGGCUAAACGAGGCUGGAGAACAGUAUGUGAAAGAGCAAGUUACUGUCCCUAUUACCAUUGUAUCUAAUAUCGUGGAAAAUAAAGUUUUAACUUUGAGGUAA